UCACAAUAAUGAUUUGGAAGGAUAAGGAAGAGCUUGAGGGUUGUUUUUUGUUACAAAAAGAUUGUCGACUGAUAUAUUUUUAGAUGAAAUCUCAUCUCGCAGGGGUGAUAAAGAAAAACUGAUAAGCCCCUAUUGGUAGUUUCAUAGAUUACUAUUGCAUUUAAAACGAAGAAGUGUUCCCUCUCUUUCUUUUCUCAUUAAACGAGAUAGCUAAACUAGGACGAGUGAAGAUGUCGCCGGAGAAAAAAAGUCAUAACUUUCCUCCGAUAACGGAAUGUGGAGGUGGAGGAGGAGAGUAUGGUUCGAUCGCCGCAGAUCUGGACGGGACUCUGCUUCUCUCGAGAAGCUCUUUCCCUUACUUCAUGCUUGUAGCUGUUGAAGCAGGAAGCCUCUUCCGUGGCUUAAUCCUACUUCUAUCUUUGCCUAUGGUGAUCUUUUCAUACCUACUCGUCUCGGAGUCUCUGGGGAUACAGAUCCUCAUCUUCAUCUCCUUUGCUGGUCUCAAAGUUCGCGACAUCGAACUCGUCUCUCGUGCCGUUCUUCCACGGUUUUAUGCGGCAGAUGUGAGGAAAGACAGUUUUGAGGUGUUUGAUAAGUGUAAAAGGAAAGUGGUGGUGACGGCUAAUCCGACAGUGAUGGUGGAAGCGUUUGUGAAGGAUUAUCUUGGAGCUGAUAAAGUUCUUGGAACAGAGAUUGCGGUCAGUCCCCGAACCAAAAGAGCUACCGGAUUUGUGAAGAAGCCUGGUGUUCUUGUUGGUGAUCUAAAGAGAUUAGCCAUUUUGAAAGAAUUUGGGGAUGAAUCACCAGAUCUCGGCAUCGGUGAUCGAACAUCCGAUCAUGACUUCAUGUCCAUUUGCAAGAAAGGUUACAUGGUUCAUGCGACCAAGUCAGCUACAACAAUCCCUAAAGAACGACUAAAAAACCGCAUAAUCUUCCAUGACGGCCGUUUAGUCCGACGUCCAACGCCGUUAAACGCCAUUAUCACAUACCUUUGGCUUCCCUUCGGCUUCAUCCUCUCCAUCAUCCGUGUCUACUUCAACCUCCCUAUGCCCAGAUACGUUGUCCGUUACAGUUACGAGAUGCUCGGAAUUCGCUUAACAAUUCGUGGCCACCGUCCUCCGCCUCCUUCCCCCGGAACUCCAGGCAACCUCUACGUUCUCAACCACCGUACAGCACUUGACCCCAUCAUCGUGGCCAUUGCUCUCCGACGCAAGAUCACAUGCGUCACUUACAGUGUCUCUCGUCUCUCCUUAAUGCUUUCUCCUAUUCCUGCUGUCGCACUCACCCGUGACCGUGCCGCUGACGCUUCCCGCAUGAGAAAACUCCUCGAAAAAGGAGACUUGGUGAUAUGUCCGGAAGGGACAACGUGCAGAGAAGAGUAUCUACUGAGAUUCAGCGCUCUUUUUGCGGAGCUAAGCGACAGGAUCGUACCAGUGGCGAUGAACUGUAAACAAGGAAUGUUCCACGGGACGACGGUGAGAGGUGUGAAGUUCUGGGACCCUUACUUCUUCUUCAUGAACCCACGACCGAGCUACGAGGUCACUUUCUUGGAUCGCUUGCCCGAAGAAAUGACAGUGAAAGAUGGCGGGAAGACGUCUUUCGAAGUGGCUAAUUACGUGCAAAAAGUGAUCGGGGACGUAUUGGGAUUCGAAUGCACGGAACUUACUCGCAAGGAUAAGUAUCUUUUGCUGGGAGGUAACGACGGGAAGGUGGAGUCUAUCAACAAGAAGUGAAGAUAAGGAAUGUUAUAAAGUCUGAUCACUGGAGUUUGUUAAUAUCAUUCUGGUGGAGAAAGGAUAGGUUUUUGAUUGAACAUGUAUUGUAUAAUUGUACCUUUUUUGUAUAAUUGUACUUGAUACAUUUUCUCCCCCUCAAAAACUAAAUAUAUAUAUAUAUAUAUAUAUUAUUUGCA